AUGUUCAGAUCGGCUGUCAUUCGUUCAAGUCGAUUGACUUCAAGAACCCUAAAUCAAGUUAAAUAUUCGAGAUCUAUACAAACAUCAACUCACAUUUCAAAUCAAUAUUCUAAGAAAGCCUUGCUUGGGAUAGCAUUAUCAAUUAUAGGUACUACCGGGAUACUAUCACAAUUAUCAAACAAGUUAUCGAACGAUGAUUCAAAAACUUCAUUAUAUCCGGAAUCUUCAACAACACCUUUAAAUGAUCUUAAACCACCUCAAUAUGGAUCAAUUGAAGAUUUCCAAAAAGCUAAAGAAGAGAUCCUUAAAAUAGUAUCAGAAGAUAAUAUAGCAACAUCAAAAUCAGAAUUAGACUCACAUUCAGAUACUUAUUUCAACUCACAUCAUGCUCAUGAAGAUCAAAGACCUCAUCUAAUUGUUUUCCCAUCAUCAACUGAACAAGUUUCAGAAAUAUUGAAAAUUACACAUAAAUAUAAAAUCCCAAUUAUUCCAUUCUCAGGUGGUACUUCACUUGAGGGACAUUAUAUAGCUACCACUGGUACACCAUCAAUAACAUUAGAUUUAUCUAAAAACAUGGGGAAUAUAAUUGCAUUACAUAAAGAAGAUUUAGAUGUUGUUGUACAACCAGGUGUUGGAUGGGAAGAUCUUCAUGAGUUUCUAGGUGAAGAAGGUUUACUAUUUGGUCCAGAUCCAGGCCCUGGUGCUUUAAUUGGAGGUAUGAUUUCCACUUCAUGUUCUGGUACAAAUGCUGCAAGAUAUGGUACAAUGAAGGAAAAUGUUGCUGGAUUAACUGUUGUUUUAGCUGAUGGUACAAUAAUUAAAACUAAGAAUAGACCAAGAAAAUCAAGUGCUGGUUAUAAUUUAACUGGAUUAAUUAUUGGAUCUGAAGGUACUUUAGGAAUUGUUACUGAAGCUACAUUAAAAUUACAUGUCAAACCAAAAGAAGAAACUGUUGCCGUGGUUAGUUUCGAUAAAAUUAGUGAUGCUUCAAAUACGGUUGCUGAUAUUGUUCAAAUGGGGAUUCAAGUUAAUGCAGUUGAAUUAUUAGAUGGUAAAAUGAUGAAAGUUGUAAAUGAUAGUGGUGAAACUACAAGAACAUGGAUUGAAUCUCCAACUUUAUUUUUUAAAAUUGGUGCAAAUAAUAAUAAUGUAUUAAAAGAAUUAAUUAAUGAAGUUAAUGAAAUUUCAACAAAAAAUAAAUCUUCAAAUUUUGAAUUUGCUAAAAAUAAAGAUGAAAUUGAUGAAUUAUGGUCUGCAAGAAAAAUGGCACUUUGGUCAACAAUUAAUCAAGGUAGACAACAAGAUCCAAAUAUGCAAAUUUGGACAACAGAUGUUGCAGUUCCAAUAUCUAAACUAGGUAAAGUAUUAGAAGAAACUCAACAAGAUAUGGAACAAAGUGGGUUAACAGCAACUUUAGUUGGUCAUGCUGGUGAUGGUAAUUUCCAUGCCUUUUUGUUAUAUAAACCUGAACAAAGAUCAAUAGCUGAAAAACUGGUAUCAAAUAUGGUUCAAAGAGCUAUUAAAGCCGAAGGAACAUGUACUGGUGAACAUGGUGUUGGUUAUGGUAAAAGAGAUUUCCUAUUGGAAGAAUUAGGUGAAGAACCUGUAAAUAUGAUGAGAAGAAUUAAAAUUUCAUUAGAUCCUCUUAGAUUAUUAAAUCCUGAUAAAAUUUUCAAAAUUGAUCCAAAUGAUAAAGAACAUUGA